AUGUUCUGGAGGACACCGAUGACAAUCCAGUACGCACAGAUAUUUCUUGUUAUUGCCCCGGAUUUUCUCCAGUACUGUUACAAUCAAGCCGGACUUUCGGCGCUCCUCGAUCUCCCCGAUGUGAUCCGUUACUUCCCCCUGAUUGACACCGUCAACACACAUGGAGCCAAGGAGGCAAAGAAUUCAACUAUCAAGGGUCUCAUCAAUGGCUGCUUGCAAUUGGGAGCCGUUGUUGGUGCAUUGUCCUGCUCCACCAUCUUCGUCGCUGGAAUCUGCGCCGCAGCUGGCCAGAUUCUCCAAUGCACGGCAUUCUCACUUGGUCAGUUUACCGUGGGUCGUAUUAUACUGGGUGUUGGAGUCGGCCAAUUGAGCGUUAUUGUGCCAGUGUGGCAAGCAGAAAGCUCUUCUGUUGGUAACCGUGGUCGUAAGGUCAUUACCGCCGGCAUCUUAAUUUGCGUGGGAUUCGUACUGUCUAGCUGGAUCAACUUAGGCUUCAGCAAGGCGUCCUUACCACCGCUGCAGUGGCGCAUUGUGCUGGCAGUCCCGGUUAUCUUCUCCUUUAUUAUCUGCAUCUCCAUUUUUAUACUUCCUCAAUCCCCUCGCUGGCUGGUCCAGAAGCACCGCAUCGCGGAAGCAACAGAAGCACUCGCGCAGCUCAAUGGCAUGCCCAGCGAUGACGAACAUGUCCAAUACGGGAUAUGCCAAAUCAGAAAUUCAUUAGACACAGGCCCAAAAGUUUCCGUCAAGGAUAUAUUCGACAGGAACGACCAAAACCGGCUCCUAUACCGGUUUGCAUUAUGCCUCAUCUACACGACGAGUGAUAUCCCAGCAAUCGUGGCCGCAAGCUCCCUUAUCUGGAAUGGGACUAGCAUGUCGAUGUGUAUGGUCGCCAUGGCCGCUGCCACGAGCUUUCCUGCGUCAAACCAUGCCGCCUCAAUUGUUGCAGCUGUCUUUAUCUUCAUAUUCAAUUUUUGCUACCCAAUCGGCUUCUUGGGAGGGAACUUUCUGUACUGCGCUGAGAUUGCCCCUGCCCACCUGCGAGCGGCCAUGUCCUCCGUAUCGACUGCGAACCAUUGGCUGUGGAACUUUAUCAUCACCAUGGUGACACCGGUUGCGUUGUCCAGUAUCGGCUGGAAAUAUUAUAUUGUCUUUGCCGCCACAUCUGCGUCCCCUACUCUCUGGGAUAUUGUUCCAAUGGCUAGACGGUUGCCACAGGGUGAUGCUCAGCCCAACGUGGGUGCUAUGAGUGAGGAGAAGGAUGCUGAAGGAGAAGUUGCCAGAGCUGAGCAAAGAGAAUUCGCUUAA